AUGGACCACCGACGACAAGAGAACAGAGAGCAGCCGCAAGCGGUGGACGUGCCCAUUGUGAAGAUGCACGGGCUGGGCAACGACUUCGUCAUGGUGAGCGAGCCGCUCCGAGACUCCAAGUCCUACCGGUCGCCGCCGUCGGGAGGCCACACGGUCGCCGAUGUCGAGGUACCCCCGCUGUCGCCGCUGCUCGCCGCCCUGGCCGCCACCUCGCACACCUUCCCCUCCUACGUGCCGGCAGCCUCGCGCGCUCGCUCCGUGUGGGCAGGCGGCGUGGGCCACGUCACCAAGACCCUCUGUACGCGGCGCUUCGGCGUGGGCGCUGAUGGCCUGACGCUCCUCCUCCCGCCCUUUGCCACUCUGUCGACCCUCCCCGGCAAGCCGGCCCACCACUUCCGAUUUGAACUUUACAAUCCCGACGGCUCAGCGGCGCCGAUGUGCGGGAAUGCACUGCGAUGUGCGGCCAAACUGGUAUGGGAGCGACGCGGUCAGCUGUUGCCGGACUGGCUCUGGGCGGCAAAGAACGAAGAUGGCAAGAAUGAUCGAAACGUGCUCUACAUCGAGACUCCCGCCGGAACAAUGGUGGCUCACCUGACUGUCACCGACGGCGGCGCUCACGUCACGGCCAUCCGGGUCGACAUGGGCAAGCCCGACUUUGCCCGGAGUGCCGUGCCGUGCACCCUGCCCUCCGCCGCCACCGCCUCGCUGCAGAGCAAGGACACGGGCGACCUCCCUGUCCUCGAGGAAGACUACGUCUUCGAGGGGGUCACCUACCAGUUUUCGUCGCUGGUCGUCGGGGUUCCGCACACGGUGGUGUUCGUCGAUGACGCCGACAAGGUGCCGCUGUACACGCUCGGACCAGCCCUCGAGAAGGAUCGUUCCAUAUUCCCACAGGGUACCAACGUCGGGUUCGUGCAGGUCCUCCCGGCCAACAAGAUCAACUACUGGGCGUGGGAGAGGGGCGUGGGCGAGACUCUGGCGUGCGGCACCGGAGCCUCGGCUGCGGCCGUUGUGGCGACCGUGCUGGACCGCGUAGACCCCACGAAGCCUGUCCACGCACACCUCACCGGCGGCGACCUCACCCUCCGCGUCGACUUCUCCCCCACCGCAGCCAAGGAGGGCAGGGACAGGUACCAGUCCGUCGAGCGGGUGUGGAUGGAAGGACCGGCUGACGUCGUCUUCGACGGUGUUGCCCGGGUCACACUGUAA